AUGGUCCGCCGAACGUUGUGGCAAGAAUGCUCAAGCCCUCGCCCCGCUACGCACUUGACAAUCUACGACCCAGCAGUACCAGCAAAGGAUGAGAAGUUGAGCGAGGUUGAGCGCCAGAUACGAGACGUCAUUCAGACGGCUGAGGAGGCUGAGAAAACUCGCCAGGACGCGUUCCGUCGCAGCGAGGAGGCGCGCGAUCGAAUCUUCAAGGAGAACGAAGCGAGACGCGAUCAGGACGUCGUCCAGUGGAAGGAUCAACUCAAGCGAGACCUCGAGGAAAAACUCGCUGCCCUCCAUGCUCUCGCAUCUGCGGGCGUCCCUGUCCCUGAUAAAGUGGACAUAGAGUACGCUGAACAUGUGGAGACCAUGGAGAGCGCGAUUCCCGAACGUCCUGCACCCACUGCUCAGCCAAUCGCCUCUUGUCGUGACGAGACAGCUCCUCAGGACAUGUCUCUUGCGGAAACUGUGAGGACCGAAUGUAAAGCUGCAUUGGGAAGGUUUUUCGAUGCCUUCACGGAGGAGUGCAAACGCCACGAUCGAGAACUCAUCGAAGAGUGCGAGCGCCUGCAUGAGAAAGGUGCUGGGCGCGUCACAGAGCUCGAAGAGGAGUUGGUAAGGGUCCGCGAAAAGCUUGAGGACGAGAAGCGGCUCCGCGAGACUGAGGGGGCCGAACGACGCGAGAUGGAGGUGGCGGCGACUGAACGACAUGAGCUUCUAAAGGAGCGCCUUGACGAGAUCAUAGACCUUGCUCAAGACCAACGCGACGAGUUUCGGGCACAGAUAGAAUUGAACAAAGAACGUUUGGAAGAGAAGAUGGGGAGGAGAGAAGAGAAGGAUGCAGACAUAGAUGCAUUGAAAGAGAUCUCGUCAGAGUUGCUCGCUGUACAGCGUGCAACGAAGGAGAGUUUUGAAGAGCACAAGGCUAGUUUUGUGACAAAGUCCGAUCUCGAGAAUUUGGUUGAGGACCUACACCGAAAUAAUUUUGACCUGCACGAGAAGCUCGAAACUUUUACUGACUCCUGGAUUACUAAGCGCAGAGCCCAGUACAACGAGCUCGCACAAAUUAUCCGAGAAACCGCUCGCGAGCGAAUGCCUUCUAACGUCCGAGAAUCCGCAGAUACGUCCAGCCCUUCAGCACUGCCAGUACCUGAAGAGCGCUCCCAGCGUGCUGGUCUUCCCGUUCACGACCGGCGCCCUCACUGGCACCCUGCUACGUCUUCUGGGCAUCUCAUCUCGUCUGCUAGGCACGAGACGGACUUCGAGGGCAAGCUACAACAGAUCCAGAACCUCAAACAACGCUUCAACGAGAACAGGAAAGCCUUUUCAUUUCCCCGCUUUGUUGAAGUUAGGGGGGCCAGCUCCUGGAAGUUCAUUGACACGAUCGACAUAUAUUGUCCUGCGCUGAUGGCUCCUGCACCGAACGAUGGGCCAAAGGAAUACUUUACAAUAUGUUCAGGCUCAGAAGGUGGCCUUCGCGUUCAUCAGUAUUUGCGUAGUCUGGAACGAUUGUUUCUGGAUCUCGCUAAUGUCUCAUAUGGACCUGAUAAGGACGUCGAAACGAGAGGUGAUGCGGUUAUGGAUCAGAUAGUAAAGGAGAUCGAUACGGUCGAACAGUGGAAGGUAGCUAUAUUUGAGAUGGCCAGUACGCUUGACUUAUCUGAAGAAGGCGAGGAAGCACCGGCUUUGUAUGAUACUGUGUAG